AGAGCUUAAAUAAACUCUCACACCCACCAUUACCACAAGAAGCCCAUGAUGCUCUUGGCCUCUAUUGACCUUGCUAUUGUCUUCUUGUUGAGUGUCAGUGAAGUUAUUAGUCAAUGUCCACCUUCCUCAGGUAUCUACCUGAGGUAUGAUGGAAACUGUUUUCCCAAUGGAUCAUAUUUUUCAGAUAGUAGAAUCAGACCAACUCCUCUAGAGUGUGGUUUACCUGGUGCUACUCUGAAUGGUGGACAAUGGAUUGGUCCUAAUGGAGUAGUUCCUUGUGAUGGUGGUAACAAUGCAAAUGUUGAAUGUACUACUGGGUCAGGUGCUAGUCUCAGUGUUAACAUAAAUCCACCAAGCUUUCUUGAAGCAACGGGUGAUGGCUGGUACAAAUGUUGCCUGCCCAACGAUUGUUCAAAUCCUAACACUAACAGCAUUUUUGCUAAUAUAUUCAGAUUUACUCAAAUAGAAUCAUUUACUGUUGCUGAUCUUCCUUCUGAUAUGACAGUAUAUCCUCAGGAAUUCAAAUUGAAUUGUGUUAAAAUUGGAUUCAUUCGUUACGAUGUUAUGAUGAUCAUUGGUAAUACUCUGCUGGCUAAUUACACUAAUUGUCAUGAUCCUGAUAAUGCUUGUCCUGGUACUGUGAUAUUUAGUAGUACCAACACAAUAAGAUAUACCAUUACUGUCACAUGGGAUGGAAUGAUUGUCAGUAAUGGAUUGAUCAAUCAAUUAGUUACUGGAGAUCAAAUGUAUCAAUGUAGGAUAGCAGAUCAUCCUGAUGCUAAUGCAGAUAGAACACGUAAUAUAACUGUAAAAGUGCCAACAACUGCUCCCUCUUCUUUCACUGUGUACAGGUGGAUAGAAGUAGUAAUAAUACAAUCACACUAA